AUGGAGAAUGCUAUUGGAGAGAUUUUAGUAGUCCCAUUUUUUGGGCAAGGCCAUGUCUUGCCCUUGACUGAGCUUUGCAAAAAACUCUCUUCUUUUAAUUUCAAAACUACAUUUAUUCUAUCGUCCGAUAUCUCCUCCUCCAUUUCCUCUUCCCUGGCGCACCAUCCGUUAGUUAACGUAACGGAUGUUGAUGCCCCGAUACCUCCCCCUCCCCGCCCCGAAAUUAAAUUCAACCCGCAGCCUAUUAUGAUGCAUUACAAGCAAAUGAGACAAGGUUUAGAAUCAAUUUUAACAUCUUAUUGUAAAAAUAAUAAUAAUGUGACUAAAAAUAAUAAGUUGAAAAUUGUUUGUGCUAUAGUUGAUAUAAUGAUUUUGCCACAUUUUGGAGAUGCUUUCACCAAAUUUCAAGUGCCUAUUGUGGCAUUUUCCCCUUUUAGUGCUGCUUCCCUUGCUAUGGAUUAUGCUGCUUGGAAAGCUGAUGUAGAGUUCAUCAUACCAGGUGAAACCCGGUUUCUUCCGGGUUUACCCGAUGAAAUGGCAAUGGAUUAUGGUGAUAUAGUAAGGAGAUACUAUGGUUCAUCAGAGGAACCAUUAAUUGGUACAAAGAAGAAAUCUUUUCCAACACAACCUGGUGAUGAGCCAGUUUGGGUCCAAGAGGUUAAGGUUACAAGUGCCAUUCUUGUGAACACAUAUGAUGUACUAGAACACACAUUCUUGGAAUAUUUAGCCAAACAAACAAGACUUCCAAUUUAUGGAAUUGGCCUUCUACCAGAAAAAUUUUGGUUACUUACAUCCACUAAAUCCCUAAUUCAUGACAAAGACAUUAGAACAAUUAAUAAUUCAAGUCAAAAAUCAAAUUAUUCAGAAGAUGAAGUACUCAAUUGGCUAAACACAAAAUCACCAAAUUCAGUAAUUUACAUUUCUUUUGGUAGUGAACUUUUGCCAACUUUACAAGAACAUGAAGAAAUUUCAAAGGCAUUAGAAGAGCUUUCAAGUCAAAAUUUCAUAUGGGUAAUUUCCAAGAAUCAAGAUUAUUAUCCUAAUGACUUGGAAAAUAAAGUUGGGAAUAGGGGUUUGGUUAUACAUGGAUGGGCCCCACAAUUGUUGAUUUUAAGUCAUCCGUCGACUGGCGGAUGUCUGUUUCACUGUGGAUGGAAUUCGACUAUGGAAGCAAUUGGACAAGGGGUACCUUUAUUGGCAUGGCCAAUUAGAGGUGAUAAUUUUUAUAAUGCAAAAUCUAUUGUGUGUCAUCUCAAGAUUGGUUAUAUGGUAUCAUCAAUUAGAGAAAAUAUUGGGUUGAAAAAGGUUAAGAAGGAUGAGAUUAUACAAGGGAUUAAGAGAUUAAUGGAGGAUAAACAAGUUCAUGAUAGAGUUGAAGAAUUAAAUGACAAAUUUAGAAAUGCUAAUUUUCCAGUUGGUUCAAUUGCUAAUUUGCAUGAUUUUAAAGAUUAUAUUAUGCAAGCAAAGUGA